GCCCGGGCAGAGGUCCCUGAAAGGCUCCGGGAGCAGCUGGGAGAUGGCCGGGAUGUGUCCUGCGAGCCUGACCUGCGGCUGGGCUGGAGGAGCUCCGCAGGUGUGACUCCUGCCACCCCACCCCUGCCCAGGCUGGGGCCAUGGCUGACAUGAUUUUUGGCAGUGGUUCGGGCCCCUGGGUUUGCCCCAAUGACCGGCAGCUGGCCCUGAGAGCCAAGCUCCAGACGGGCUGGUCAGUGCACACAUUCCAGACUGAGAAGCAGAGGAAGAUGCAGGCUCUGAGCCCCCAGGAGCUUGAGCUCAUCCUGGGAGUCAUCCGCAAGGCAGAGCAGCUGGACGUGGCGGAGCAGCAGCGCGUCGGGCGCCUGGUGGAGAGGCUGGAGAACAUGAGGAGGAACGCCAUGGGGAACGGCCUCUCGCAGUGCCUGCUCUGUGGGGAGAUGCUGGGGCUGCUGGGCAGCUCCUCUGUCUUCUGCCGGGACUGCAAAAAGAAAGUUUGCACCAAGUGUGGGAUAGAAACUGUUGGAGCCCAGAAACGUCCCCUGUGGCUGUGCAAGAUCUGCAGUGAGCAGAGAGAGGUCUGGAAGAGGUCUGGGGCGUGGUUCUACAGAGGGCUGCCCAAGUACAUCACACCUCUGAAGAGCAGCAGCAGCAGCAGAGCCCUGGAGCUGCAGGGCCAGCCCGAGAGCGUCGGGAGCAGCCGCUCCUUCACCUGGGCCAGGGGAAAAGUGGUUUCCAGCGACAGCGAGAGCGACUCGGAGCUCAGUUCCUCCAGCCUGGAUGACAAACCCGUCCCUGGGGGAUCAAAAGGCUCUCAAGGGAGAAAGCUCCAAGCAGGAAUGGCACCCACCAGGGGACCCAGCCAGGCCAGGAGCAGAGCCCUGGGGCCCCCGCAGUGUCCCCAGCUGUGGGGCAGCCACAGCAGCCUGGGCAGUGAGCAGGGGCCCGAGCUCAGCCCCACGGAGAGCGGCCAGAGUGACCAAGCCUCGGGCAGGCGCCACAGCGACACCGGCGCCCCUGGCAAACGAGGAGCCCGGACCAGAACACGGCUCUGAUUCUGAGGGGGGUGAAGAUGGAGCUGCUUUGUCCUGGAUCCAGCACUGCCAUCCCUCAGACCCCAGCCCAGACAGGAGCUGCUGCCUGUGGUGACUCUGGGAUGCUCUUCCACAGGCAGUGGCAGCUGGGACAGCACUGCCUGGCCCUGAGAGCCCCAGCAGAGGGCCUGGGGCUGGAUUUGCUCCCAUCCUUGUGUUUGCUGUCGUUGUUCUGCUUGGAGUGAGUUUGGAGGGGGCAGCAGGAACCAGAAGCUCCUGAUGGACCUGGUGAAGCUGUGCUCCCAUUCCCUCCCUCUCUGCUCAGGGUAAAGGAACGCUCCAAGGAGUUUGCUGGGAUUUUUUCACUGCCCUUGUGCUCGUGGGAGGGUGAGGGUCAGGGCAGAUGUGUUUGCUGCAGCUCCUGGGGGGAGCACACCCCCAAACCCCAGCCCAGCUGGCUGCCUGUGAGUGCCCAGAUGGGAUAAAAGCUUUCAAAUCACUUUAUCCUGUAAACCCUGCAGAUUCCCCUCCCACGUGCACACCUUCUUUUGCCUUUUUCCUGGAAGUCUUCAGCAUCUGGCUGACUCUGGUGGUGUCAUCAUGAGUCAGGCUCUUGAAAACUGCAUGCCCUGGUCCUGCUUAUCCUCCAGAAUGGACAAUUUCCCUCUAAGGCCUGACAGAUGAGAAAAAUCAAAUUACCUCACAUCUCUGGAGCAAUUAGAUCUUCGAAGGCUUGAACAAAACCCACCCUGGGAGUCUGUGGAUUUUAUUAAAUGCUUUGGAGCUGACCUGUCUAUUAUGAAGAAACAAAGGAUUCCAAAAAGUUCCCUCUGAAAUCACGGAGUUAAAGGCAAUUUGUGCCCAUUAAUGUCAGCCUUUCCCCUGGUUAUUUCUCUUUUGUUCUGCUUCCCUUUGCUCUGGGCACUUUGUGUGCAUGUAGUGUGUGUUCUUACAAAUGGCUGCAGGAUGGAGAUAAAUGAGAUUGGGUGCUGGAACACUCUGGCAGGAGAUGGGAAAUCAAUCCCUGGCUUGCUUUGCAGAUGAGCAUGGCCCAGCAGAGGCCAUUCCCUCACUGCUGCCCAGUUCAGUGCUGUGGCAGCUUGCUGGUGAAAUGCUUCCAGCCCUCCCUCUGUGAUCUGCUCCUGCCCUUUUACAAAUGGAAACAAAACCUUUGGGCUCCCUGAGAUGGCACAAAAAGCAAUCACUGAGUGUGAGGUGCACACCAUCAGUGCUGGGCAGAGCAAGGGAUGAGGCUGUUCUCCACUGAGGGAUGUUCUAUGGCAUGGGCUGUUGUUAACCUGGCCAUUAACUGCAUCUGUGGAAUGGGGAGUGCCAAAACCAUCAGCUGUGUGUGAAAAGGGAGCUCCAGCUGUCAGCUCCAGCUGAAAUACUGGUGUGGUUUCAGGGCUGUAGGGUCUUCAAUUUCCAGUGUGUGUAGGCACCAAAAGGAGUUCUGUUUUGCCUUGAAGCUUUUGACAAUCCAAGUGAUUCUUGUCUUGCUCAUUAGUGCAGUGCCUCAGCCUGCCUGGCCUGCCAGCCAAAGUUAAUUCUACAGCACAAGGAGAAGGGAAAAGACUUCUAGGAAUUGACUCUGUUUUUUUUUAAACCUCUUCCUUUCUCAUCACCAGCUCUACACUGAGUUGGAAAGAGCUUUUAAAAUCUUGAGUGUCAUUUCUAGCUCUCCUUGUGUCCCUUGUGCUUCUCUCCAGGGCAGUGCAGGCAGGUCCCUGGUGUCCCCAUUCCCACCCCAUGGGAUCCCAGCUCUGCACAGGAGCCUGAGAGUCCUUGCUGUGCCACUGUGAGGCAUCAGCUUGGCUUUUUAACCAAGGCCACCUUUUAUAAAACACUCUCAGAGAUAAAUUUGACAUUGCUCUGGUUGCUAGUGAGACUGGAAGCUUUUCUUUCUUACCUGUAUGUUUUAACUCCAUGGGGUAAUUCCACCUGAGUUCCAACCAGAAUUGUUCAAUCAGCUGUGGAAAGACUCCUCGUGGAUUGAGGGAAGGAUCUGGUCCUGGACAAUGUGAUCCAGGCACAACUGAAUGUGAUAGAGGAAUAUCUGCAGCUCUGGGCCCUAUUUUAUUUUGAAGGCCACUUUUCCCUUUGUGGUGAUUCUCUUGGUUGUGUUUUGUGGCUUUUGUUGGAAUAUUAUCCUCAGCCUGUACCUGUCUUUUGAGCCAGCUCAAUGUGGGCAAGAAGAGCUCAGUGAAUGUUUUCAUUCUGCUCUGGUCAUUUGUGUUUAUUAUUUUCUUGUGCUCACCUCCAUCCCUCACAACUUUUAUGUGGUGUUUUACUACUGGA